GUCCAUAAACUAUCUUCAACUUUACUCAACACUUCACUUAAGUAACUAGUUAAACACUCUGUUUUGUUUUCUGUUGAGUGCUUUAAAUCUUCAAACUCCAACACCCAGAUCACUUUUUCCUUCAAACUACUUCAGGAACCUCUUAUGAUCUCUUAAAGUUUCCAACUUUGUCAAGCAUUGCAAAGUGGUAGGAGUACACAUGUUGGAGCCUAGAUUCUUUUAUGGUGCACUCUACCUGUUUGUUAUAUGUUGGAGCUUGGAAGCUCCAAUGGCUGAGUCAGGAAUAGGGGUUAACUGGGGCACCAUUUCAUCCCACAGGCUGAGGCCAACUACAGUGGUUGAUCUGCUUAGAGAGAACAAGAUCCAGAAGGUGAAACUGUUUGAGGCUGAGCCUGAUGUGAUGAGAGCAUUGAUGGGGAGUGGGAUUCAAGUAAUGGUUGGGAUCCCAAAUGAGAUGUUAUCAGUUUUGAGUUCUUCACCUUCUGCUGCUGAUUUGUGGGUUAGACAGAAUGUUUCUUCUUACAUUGGAAAGGGUGGUGCUGAUAUCAGGUAUGUUGCAGUUGGAAAUGAACCUUUCCUUUCAACUUACAAUGGCCAAUUUCAGAACUUGGUGAUGCCUGCAGUCCUCAAUGUUCAGCAAUCCUUAGUCAAAGCAAAUCUAGCCGGUUAUGUAAAGAUAGUUGUCCCUUGCAAUGCCGAUGCCUAUGAAUCUGCAUCGCUUCCUUCCCAAGGGGCAUUUCGUCCUGAACUGACCCAAAUCAUUACUCAACUUGUUCAGUUCCUCAACUCAAAUGGUUCACCAUUUGUUGUUAACAUCUACCCCUUUCUAAGUCUCUAUGGCAAUGGAGAUUUCCCCCAAGAUUAUGCAUUCUUUGAGGGAACUACCCAUUCUGUAACAGAUGGUUCCAACGUCUACACCAAUGCGUUUGAUGGAAACUAUGACACAUUAGUUGCAGCCCUCAGUAAACUUGGAUAUGGUCAGAUGCCGAUAGUUAUUGGCGAAAUCGGUUGGCCCUCAGAUGGAGCUAUUGGUGCAAAUAUUACUGCUGCAAGGGUCUUUAACCAAGGCCUUAUCCGUCACAUUAUGAGCAACAAAGGGACGCCAUUGAGGCCGAAUUCUCCUCCUGUUGAUGUUUAUAUCUUCAGUCUACUUGACGAAGGAGCUAAGAGCACACUUCCCGGAAACUUUGAGAGGCAUUGGGGGAUAUUUUCUUUUGAUGGACAGGCUAAGUAUCUGUUGAACCUUGGAUUUGGAAACAAGCAAUUGAAAAAUGCAAAGAAUGUUCAGUAUCUUCCGUCUAGAUGGUGUGUAGCAGACCCUUUAAGCGAUUUGACGAAUGUGGUGAACCACAUGAAACUGGCAUGUAGUGUUGCUGAUUGCACCACACUUAACUAUGGUGGUUCAUGUAAUGAGAUUGGUGCAAAGGGAAAUAUAUCAUAUGCUUUUAACAGUUACUAUCAGCUACAAAUGCAAGAUUCAAGGAGCUGUGAUUUUGAUGGACUUGGUAUGGUAACUUUUUUAGACCCUUCAAUUGGAGAUUGCCAUUUUCUUGUGGGAGUUACAGAUAAAGACUCAGAUUCAUCUGCAUCAGAAACAGCAAAGCAUUGUUGGUUUCUACUAUUACUUUUAUUUUUACAUGGGACUUUUUGGCUCUCAAUUUGAUAAAUAGAUUUGGUAAAGUAGGUUAGCUGAUAUACUAUACUAUUUAUUUAUCUAGUCUUAGGAAUAUUCAAAUGCAUUUUUGGUUUGUAGCAUCAUCCUAGGAUUCAGUAUAUUGUAUCAUAUAAGAGACUGUAUGAACACUAUAUCUUGAAUAUC